GGGACAUCUCGCGAGAGGUGAGCGCGCCAGGCCGGACGGGAGUAAAGUGUCUGCUCCGCUGAGGUGGGAGAAGAGCCCAGAGCGAGAACCCAGGCACUGAGCGCGGUAGGCGGCGGAGCUACCGGCAGGAAUGAAAUUACUUCCUAGUAUCUGCAUGUCCUGCAUUUUCCAUCUCCGCUCAGCUAUAUGAAAUAUGGGAGACGACAGACCGUUUGUGUGCAAUGCCCCGGGCUGUGGACAGAGAUUUACAAACGAGGACCACCUGGCGGUUCAUAAACACAAGCAUGAGAUGACAUUGAAAUUUGGCCCAGCCCGGACAGACUCAGUCAUCAUUGCAGAUCAGACCCCUACCCCUACCCGAUUCUUGAAGAAUUGUGAAGAGGUGGGGCUCUUCAAUGAACUAGCCAGCUCCUUUGAGCAUGAGUUCAAGAAAGCUGCAGAUGAUGAUGAGAAAAAGCAGGCUGCUGGUCCCUUGGACAUGUCCCUACCCUCCACACCAGACAUCAGAAUCAAAGAGGAAGAGCCUGUGGAGGUAGACUCAUCCCCCCCUGAUAGCCCUGUCUCCAGUCCCCACUCCCCACCAGUAAAGAAGGAGGUCGCCUCCAAGCCCGCUGUAAUCUCUGCCCCUACACCCGCCAUAGUUCGACCAGGAUCCCUGCCUCUCCAUCUGGGUUAUGAUCCACUUCAUCCAACCCUCCCCUCCCCAACCUCUGUCAUCACACAGGCUCCGCCUUCCCACAGGCAGCUGGGGUCCCCCACUGGCUCCCUCCCUCUCGUCAUGCACCUUGCUAAUGGACAGACCAUGCCUGUGUUGCCAGGGCCUCCAGUACAGAUGCCUUCUGUUAUAUCGCUGGCCAGACCCAUCUCCAUGGUCCCCAACAUUCCUGGUAUCCCUGGUCCACCAGUCAACAGCAGUGGUUCAGUUUCUCCCUCUGGCCUACCCAUGCCUUCAGAAGCCAAGAUGAGACUAAAAGCUACUCUGACCCAUCAAGUCUCUUCCAUCAAUGGCGGCUGCGGAAUGGUGGUGGGCACUGCCAGCACGAUGGUGACGGCUCGCCCAGAGCAGAGCCAGAUACUCACCCAGCACCCUGAUGCCCCAUCCCCUGCUCAGCCACAGGUCUCCCCAGCACAACCCACCCCUAGCACUGGGGGGCGUAGGCGGCGCACGGUGGAUGAGGAUCCCGACGAGCGGCGACAGCGCUUCCUAGAACGCAACCGUGCAGCAGCCUCUCGGUGCCGGCAGAAGCGCAAGCUCUGGGUGUCCUCAUUGGAGAAGAAGGCAGAAGAACUCACGUCCCAGAACAUUCAGCUAAGUAAUGAAGUCACAUUACUGCGCAAUGAGGUAGCCCAGUUGAAACAGCUGCUGUUAGCGCACAAAGACUGCCCAGUCACUGCACUACAGAAGAAGACCCAAGGAUACCUUGCAGAAAGCCCCAAGGAGAGCUCAGAGCCCACGGGUUCCCCAGCCCCAGUGAUCCAGCACAGCUCAGCAACAGCUGCUAGCAACGGCCUCAGUGUCCGCUCUGCCGCCGAAGCCAUUGCCACGUCAGUCCUCACUCAGAUGGCCAGCCAAAGGACAGAAUUGAACAUGCCCAUACAGUCGCAUGUGAUCAUGACCCCACAGUCACAGUCUGCGGGCAGAUGAUGCCUCGUCCAGUGGAGAGGUCCCUGGCCAGAGCUUGCCCACCCAAAAGCUGAGAGAGACAUCAUACCCUCUCCUCCUACCUGCCUUGCACAUGGGAUGGCAGGGGGGGAAAUUGUGUUUUAAGUGAGUAAAGGACAGUUAUGGAGUUACUCUGUUCAUCUGCAUGGGUCGUACACAUCUGACCCGUGUACUCUAAGGGGCCUUCAGCCCCAAAGCAUCAGAUCACUCCCACCUAACACCCCAAGGUGGUUUCUCAUCCCCCUAUUGCAAAAGGUCUUCCUCAGUGGUGGAAAUAACACCUCUCCAAGCCCCCUGUAGUGUACACAUGCCCACCAGUUUAACACUAACCUGUCUGCCACCAGAUUGGGAGAGUCUUUCUGUUCUCUUCCCUUCUACCAAACUGUAGCAGUCACCUUUUCAAGCCUAAGCAGACUGCCAGAAGAACAAAGCAGGGGGGGUCUGACUGGAGAACACUGUCCCAUCCAGCUCCCUUCCUGUGCCCAUGCCCUCUCUGGACUCAGAGCCUAGCUUGGUCCCCAAAAGCCACCAGCAUUGUCCCACCACCACCAGUUCAAAUAGUUCCAAAUUAAGAAUCUUGGGUUGCCCAAAUGGGCUUUCCUUUUCAUCUCCUCAAUAAGCCUUGGCAACCUCGUCUUGUGGCCUUAAAUUGUUAAGCUUUGCCUUCAAGGGGGAAGGGAGAGGAUUCCCAGAGCUGACUUCUUGUUUUCCCCCCCAUACCUCAGCUCAAAUUGUUGGGACAUGAUGGAGCCAUAAAUGUCUACAGAAGAUGCAAUUUAAAAUUUCUUCCACAAAGUCCUUAAGAUACUAGCUUCUCUACCUUUUGCAGCAGUUAACUGGCCAAUGUGCAUGUGCAUGUCUGUAUCUCUGCUGAUUCCUCCCCCUCUCACUUUCUUCCUAUCCACACUAUUUUCUCUAGCUCUCCUUCCAUAAGUCUGCAGCUAAAAGCAGCCCAACACCAAGGUUGGUUGGUAUGUUUACAGAAACCUGUGUUUCCUAAAUUGUUUCUUAGUCCUUGCCCAUCUUUCAACUUCACAUAUCCAGCUAGAUCUUUACACUCUGAAAUACCCAUCCUGCUCAGCUUCUUCCUUCUCAUUCACCGCCAUCUUCACAGGCCAGCUCUCCGUCCCUUGCUGCUCCCAUCAUUGCCCAGCUCUCGCUGCCUUCCCUCAUCAGGGGCCCAGAGUCCCAGGGCUCCUUUGGCCUGAGAGGCUGGGCCAUGAUGUGGGGUUUUCUUGGGUACGAUGGAAUGUUGUCUCAGGUGGGUACUUGGCUGCUCGGGAAACCUCAGCCUUUCACAGGUAGGGUUAGACUGCAAGGAGGAAUCCUCUCCCUACUCCCAGCCUCUUAUGUGACUUCUGGUCUUCCCUGAACUAACUAUGCAAUAUUGUCGCAGGGCUAAAGGUGGCCAUCUACGGGGAAGCCUUCCAGCUGCUGCUGUCUCCCUGAGUCACCAGAGCCCCCUUCCCCUCUUGCCCUCUGGGAGAUGGGCUUAGCUCCCGAAACAGCUGCCAUGGAGAGUUAGGGUGACAUUUUUCACUCCUUUCUCCCCAGAUUACACAUAAGCCAGGUCGCAAUUCAGGGGCUGCAGUCUGCUCCUUUUUGAACUUACCCAGAUGUUUUUCAGGCCCAAAGCUGAGAAAGCCAACACACAGUAUGGAGACAAUUUUCUCUUCCUCCUGGGGUCAAGGACCCUACAAAGACAGUUCUUUCAAUGACUCAGAAAGCUGCAGGUGUCACAGUUGCAGCCAGGAGAUCAGUCAUAGCCUCUGGCUCCUCAUCUCUGCCGGCUUGGCCUUCUUCAGAUACUCAAAGUCGUAACUCAUUUUCAGCAUCCCUUCAGCAAGUACUUUAGGGCCCUUUUUCCUACCUUGGAAUUUUCUGUUUUGUUUUUCUUUUUUUAGCUUAGCACUGACAGCCAUGCUGUGAAGCCUGGCUGCCUUUAUGGAUCCUAAGGAGCUCCAUAGACCCUGGCUGGCUCCCCACAUGAAAUGCUUUUAAAAUUGAGGAUCUUCCCAAGAUCAGGUGCCUCUGUUCUGUAGUGCUGGCACCUCAUUUUACCAAAGAAGAGGGUGUGGCUCCUGCCCUUCUCUCUCCAUCUUGGAGGUUGGUUUGGGAGUAUAUUAUUGACCCCUUUUCCCUCCCCCAGGCCCAACCCCAAAUCCUGGUGUGCCUAUACUCCAUAGCUCAAGAAAAGCACAUGCAGAGUAGGGAACACCACAGCUGUCUGCACCACUCGGGUUCUUUUUCUCCUUUUCUCACCCUCCUUCCAGAACCCGCAGAGUGCCCCUCCACACAAGAGCCCCAGGGAUGGGCAUGGGAGGGGCAGCAGCUCUGACAGGACCAGAGUUGGUGAACACCUCAGCGGCAUUAGAACGCAAGAGCAGCUGCUUAUGCUAACACCUUCCUUUUAGCCUGCGGCGGCUUCACUUUGCUUGUUGCAGCGAGAGUCAUCAUCUUGCCAAGGGGAGCCUGAGACUGCCCCCAGGGUUCCAUGACCAUCGGGGAGAGGACACCCAGACCCUGAGACCUGAGACAGUAGUUCUUAGCGGCUGUCCCAGAGGAGGGGCAGACAUCCCUAGCAGAAUAGCUGUGUGAAGGACAAGCCCCCACUUACCAAGCAUAGCUCCUUAAGCUUCAGAAGUCAUAGAGAAAAAGUGCUGAGCCAUGGGGCCACAACUCCCAAAGAUACAGCCUUCCUCUCCCCAUGAAAGAUUUUAUUUGGAGGAAGAGCAGAGCCUUGGAGAGUUUCUCCCACCAGAAGAAUCAGGAAUGCCCUAGACACCCUCUCCCUUGACUGCCAUGUUGACAAUUCGAGUCUUAAGACUGGCAGCAGGAAUGGCAUCUGUCUCCACCCUGCCUCAUCUUCUGCCUGAUUUGUAUACCCAAAGAUUACCUUGACUUCUCUGACCAGCCCCACAGCACCUCCACCAUGAAACUCAAACCUGAACUCUUUGGCUCUAACCACUAGGUUGUACCAUGGGGUGAGGUGGUGCCAGCUUCUUCAGCCCGCUCCUGUCUUGUUCCUCAUGAGCUCUCCUCCUUGGUUCUUCCUCUCAACAUUCACUACCAGCCAGCUCCAUGCCUCCCUGCCCGGGGAGGGAACCCUUCCUCUACGCCAUCCCAGCUCUCCAGAGAGACAGACAGACAGACAUCAGUUCCCCUACUUGCACCCAUACUGAAUUCUUCCUGGGGCUUCAGAGGGCCUUCUCCAUAAUCUUCCUCCUAGCUCAACAGUGAGAGGCUCCUUUAAAACUCCUAGGACACAGGCCUUGCCAGAGAGCAACCUUAUUGGGUUUGCUCUAACCCCACCCCACGCCCCACCCUUGCAAUGAUUUUCUAUUAAUAUUGUACAUUGUAUACACCGAAUGGAAAUAGUAUCUUUGUUUUUUAUCCUCAUAACCUGUUUAGAAUUCAGUCUUCUGUAUUGCGUACAUAUGCCUUUGUUGAUGUGCUUGCUGCUUUCUUUGGACUUCUUUUGUGUCCAAGAACAUGUGAGGGAAUGGGAUGGGAAGCUGGAGAAAACUGCCCCAGGCCAGACCAGGGCUGGUUUCUUUUUUCUUUUCGGGGGGUUUUUGUUUUUAUUUUUGAGAUAAUCUUCUCCAGCUCUUCUUUCUCUCUUCUCCCCCCUCCCCCAAACAAACUAGGAAGUUCAGUCCCCAAGUCUGCCUUGAGUCAAUCUAUCAUUCAGGCUUUUUGUUGAAGGUCCCGGCCCUAGAGUGGUUGAGAGGUGCUCACCACACAUUUGAGGACCAGGGGGCUGGAGGGAGGGGAAGCAGGGAAGGGUGGCCUGCUGCCUAAUCAGUCGCUUGCUAUGAAAGAAUACAUUUUAAAGUUAGAGGAGUGGCCAGGAGCAACAUGAUACUUGGCGUUCCCAUAAGUGAAGUUUUACUCCUUUUUUGGUUUGUGUUAAAUCCUACUCAUGGUUUCUCAGCCCCUACCACUAUGACAUUUUUACUCCAAAAGAAAAGUCUUAAGGUAGAAGGUGGUUUGGGAAGAUUGGUCUCUCCUUCCCCUACUAGUGUUUGGUUAGGGCCAGGUGUGCUAUCUUGUAUCUCCCUAGAACACAUAGAAAACAGCCUUUUCAGUCUGGGGGCAAGGUGGAGAGUAGGGGAGCUUUAGUGCCUGCCAUGAAGGAAAGAAAUUGCAAUGUCAUGAUGUUGGGUCUCUCUAAAAGGAAACACUGCAUAUCUAAAAACUGUAUCUCCAUACAUCUAUAUAUCCUUGACAUGUAAUCAUAUCUUCCCAUCUAACCCCCUCUCCCUAGACAAGGGGCUCUUCUCUGUUUCCAGGUUUCCCCUACCCUCAAAAGUGAGCUGCCAGGGGGGUGGGUUGUGCUGCCAGCUAUUUUAUUACCAAGAAAUUUCUUCUUCCCCGUCCCUCCCCUCCGCUCCCAAAAUCUGCAUGACAGAAAUACCCUGUGAGCAGGCUCUCACAAACUCCCAGGAAGGGGACUGGGCAAGGACUUCACUCUGCUCUUCCCAAGUUUCCUCUCCUUUGCCUCCUAGCUGUUUCCUCAUAGCCAUUAUCCCUUCCCCUCCUUUCCCUACAUAUAUUGUGCCUUAUUUAAUGCUGCAAAUAUAACAUUAAACUAUUAACAAGAGAA